AUGGGCCCUCCCAGGGACGGCAGUGCUACCAAGGACCCUGCCAGAGAAGGGGGUGCCUCCAGGCACCCUCCCAGGGGUGGCGACACGCCCAGGGACCCUCCCAGGAUCGGCGGCGACCACAGAGACCCUUCUAGGGGUAGCAGGGCAUUUAAAGCCCCUCUCAGGGACGGUGGAGCCCCAAAUUACACUUCUAGGGAUGGUGAUAUCCCCAGGGAUCACCCAGGGACACUCCCGGGGGCGGCAGCACGUCCAGGGUCUUUCCCAGUGGGCAUCGGAGAUCCAUGGACACUCCCAGGGACAGCGGUGCCCCCAGGAACCAUCCCAGGGGUAAGGGCGUUCCCAGGAGCUCACUCAUGGACGGCGGCGUCUCCAAGGACAUUCUUAGGGACAGCGACGCCCCCAGGGACUCUUACAGUGCCCCUCCCAGGGGCGGCGGCGCCCCCAAGGACCCUCCCACAAACGGCGGCACCCCCAGGGACACUCCUUGGGGCGGAGCCCCUCCAGGGACCCUACUAUGAGUCCCAAGGAAACCUAUUACAUGGUUCAUCUCCCGGAGUUCCAAACAGUGCAAAAACUACUGCACUCAGGUGCCGUAUAGGGCUCGCACUCUCAGAGGCCCUCUCAGGGACGGUGGCGCCUCAGAGAACCUUACAGGUGCGGUGGCACCCCCAGGGACACUCCUUGGGGCAGAGCCCCUCCAGGAACCCUACUAUGGGUCCCAAGGGAACCUAUGACAUGGCCCUCUUAGGGACGGCAGGACCCCAGAGACCCCCACAGAGGCAGCUGCGCCCCCAGGAACCAUUCCAGGGAUGGUGGCGCUCCCAGGGACCCACUCAGGGGCGGCAGCGUCCCCAAGGACCCUUCCACGGACGAGCUCGCGCUCUCAGAGGCCCUCUCAGGGACGGUGGCGCCUUAGAGAACCUUACAGGUGCGGUGGCACCCCCAGGGACACUCCUUGGGGCGGAGCCCCUCCAGGAACCCUACUAUGGAGCUCGCGCUCUCAGAGGCCCUCUCAGGGACGGUGGCGCCUUAGAGAACCUUACAGGUGCGGUGGCACCCCCAGGGACACUCCUUGGGGCGGAGCCCCUCCAGGAACCCUACUAUGGAGCUCGCGCUCUCAGAGGCCCUCUCAGGGACGGUGGCGCCUUAGAGAACCUUAUAGGUGCGGUGGCACCCCCAGGGACACUCCUUGGGGCGGAGCCCCUCCAGGAACCCUACUAUGGGUCCCAAGGGAACCUAUGA